CGCCGGCAGCGACAUUCCAGCGCCACUGCGCGGGGAGCUGAAAUCCUGUCUUUCACCUCCUGUAAUUUAUAAACUUAUCGAUUGAGGAGAGUUUUCCCAUUCGUGAGUGAAUACGUGUUGUUCGUUAUUUACGAGUAAACCGCGCGCGUACCAAGAGCUCUUCGUGCAAGUGGCCUCUGUUCUGCUUCGCGCGGCCCAAGACGGUCAAGUGGGAGCUGUCACCCUUCACUGAAGGUGUUGUGAUGAAUGAGAACAUGCUUUCGGACUGCAAUGUUCCGCAGCAAAACGGUGGUCUGCCCAGCAAGCGCGGACGUAUUGGCCGUAGAGACUGGUUGUGGGGUCACGUUGCUUGAAAUGCUUGCAAGCAGAGCAAGCGGAGUGCUGCAGUGCGAGAUGGACUAGCGCCGAGAGGUUCGUGCUCCAUUGUAGCGACAGCGUCCGAGUGGCCGCGCGCGCGCGCGCUUCCGCGCCCGCCUGUGCUGGUCAGCGUCAUGAUGGCUUGUCCGAAAGUGAUCCUGGCCAAAAGCACUGCGGCCGUCGGGGGCCUGCCUGCAGGCGGGCCGCUGGGGCAGCCGGCGGCUAUGGCCUUGCACACGUCUGCCUUCUGCCCCAUCAACAACGUCGACUUGAACAGAGUGGUCGCGCCGCCCCUGACCAACUACACCAUGUCCUACGUGCAGCCUACUCUGUUCAGCAGUACUCCGAGCUAUCCGAGCAAGUACGACGUGUUCCAAGUCCCAGGAGGUACACUCGUGGUCCCACGAAGUGCAGAUCUUACGAGCUACUUGGCGCCGCCGCCUCCGCCACAGCAGCUCUUCUACUCGCCGCUGUCCCUGCAACCGCAACAUUCGCACUAUGCAUUUUUGAGCAACACGGCUGUGCAGGCGCCGCCGUUGGUGCCCUUCAGCUUGCAGCCGCCCGAACAAACAACAUUCCCUUCGUUUGUGAAUAACGCUUUUGUGUCUAAUCCGAACUACGUAAGUCCACCGGAGCCGCUCCCAUCAUACGGCUCGGCGCAUUCUAGUGAUCUUUUUCUUUCGAGUGGAACACAGUUUCUACAGCAGCCAGAAACAUUUCCCAAAGUCUACCCACUGCUGGAAACCAAGCAGGAUCCACCUGAGCCAACCAGCUAUGCAGCACCAACAACAACGCCUUUUGAGAGCUUCCACGGAGAUACCUGCACAAGCCCGGCGCCGUUCUCAACCAGCGGACCGUACACGAGCCCAAAGUCACUGCCGUUCCCCAAGACGGGCCUUCCUGCACCCCGACCUAUCUUGGCAUGCCCACGUGCCAAGGAAGUUGCUACCCCGGUCGCCCCUGUGCCAUCGCUACCGGCAACGGGGCUACUUUCGCCACCAUGCCCGAGGCCCCUGCAGAGAACGUUUGAGCCUGAUGCCAGUUUCUCGCUGGGUACUCUAAGAGCAGAGCCCGAACUACCGCUCUGCCACGGUGAGGAGACGCGACUUUGUUUCGGUUCCCCGCCAUUGUCUGCUUCCUCUCUGUCCAGCUUGGAUAAUGCCAGCACUGCGGACACUGCCCGGGUCACGCUCACCGACUCAUCCAGCACCAAUGAGUUUCCCCCAGUGGAGGUUAGUUUACCAGAUGAUCCUGUGCCCCCCUUCCCGCCUACACCUCCAGCCCCAGCCCCAGCCCCAGUGCCAGUGCCAGCACCAAUGCCUACGCCACCUCCAACGACACCACAGCUGCAAGAACUUGCCAUCGAAAAAGUGCAUGAUGUCUAUGCUUUUGAAACUAAUUCGGAUGAAGAGAGUGGAGUACCCAAGUUCAAGUUUCAAAAGAGGCACGAGGUGGCCAAAUACUGUUAUGGGGGCAGUGCUCGCACACAGCCUUUCAGACGCCGAAGCAGUUAUGACAUGUUUGACUUUUUGUCAUCAGUGCAUCGCAAGGCACCAACGCCAGAGACUCAUUGCAAAGAUGAAGAGACCGAUGAGUGUGUUCAGCGACGUCGUAGCAUCCAGGAUAAGGAACUAGCCACAAUAAUCAGCUUCCACUGCCUUAAGGACAGUGCCAAGGCCACAGUGGGUGUUUACCGUUCAUUAAUCCAUGGACGAGGGCUUUACUCCAAACGGGACAUAGAUGCUGGAGAAAUGGUGAUUGAAUAUGCAGGACAAGUGAUCAGGUCAGUGUUGACAGACAAACGGGAACGGCUAUAUGAGAGCAGAGGCAUUGGCUGUUACAUGUUUCGCAUUGAUGAGGACCAAGUAGUGGAUGCCACAACCCAUGGUAAUGCUGCCCGUUUCAUUAAUCACUCCUGUGACCCCAACUGUUACUCCAAAGUGAUUGCAGUGUUUGGUCAAAAGCACAUCAUCAUAUAUGCACUCAGAAAAAUUCACAAGGGUGAGGAACUGACUUAUGACUACAAAUUUCCGAAGGAAGAUGUCAAGAUUCCCUGUUCAUGUGGUGCCCGCCGUUGCCGCAAGUUCCUCAACUGACCAAGGUGCCUUCUCCCAUGUGCCCGUGUGACCAUUCCCCUUGUACAUAUAGCUUCCAUGUCAGUAAAAUAUUCAAAUAUGGUUA